CUGGGCAGCAGCGGGCGGCCUUGCGCUUCUCGCUUCUCGACGACGUCGCCGCUGCCCACUCUCACCGCCUUCCGCUCGCUCUCGCGCUCCUCAGCAGCCCUUCGCUCGCUGCUUGCACGCUCGUUGCGCGCUCCUCUCCGCCCGCCUCGCACCCACCCGCCGUGCUCGCCCAGCAUGGUGCUCGUCCUCUUCGAGACGUCCGUGGGCUUCUGUCUUUUCCGUCUUGCCCAGCCGGGCGCGCUCUCGUCGGGCGAGCUACACAAGCAGUUCGACUCGGCCGAGAGUGCCGCCGCGCUCAUCAAGCUCAGUGCCAUCCACCGCUUCGCCUCGACGGCCGAGGCGGUGGAGGAUGUGGCGGCGCUGGGCGAGGGCAAGAUGAGCAAGGGCCUCAAGAAGUUCCUCACAAAGGAGGUCGUCGAGGCCAAGCAGAAGGAGGAGCUCGUCGUCACGGACCCCAAGCUGGGCGGCGCCAUCGCAAAGAAGCUCGGCAUCACCGUCGUGUCCGACUCGUCCGUGCUGGAGCUCUAUCGCGGCAUCCGCACGCACCUGGCGCCGCUGCUCUCGCUCGGCGCCGGCGAGGGCGCCUCGGCGUCGGGCUCGCUGGACCCGCGCGACCUGAGCACCAUGAGCCUCGGUCUCUCGCACUCGCUCAGCCGCUACAAGCUCAAGUUCUCGCCCGACAAGGUCGACACGAUGGUCGUGCAGGCUGUGGGCCUGCUUGAUGAUCUCGACAAGGAGCUGAACAUUUACGCCAUGCGCGUCAAGGAAUGGUACGGCUGGCACUUCCCCGAGAUGGGCAAGCUCAUCACCGACAACUUGGCCUACUCCAAGUGUGUGCUUGCGAUGGGCUUCCGCACCUCGUGCAGCACGACGGACUUUGCCGAAGUGUUGCCCGAGGAGCUCGAGGAGACGCUCAAGGCGGCGGCCGAGAUCAGCAUGGGCACCGAGAUCAGCGACACGGACCUCAGCCACAUUUCCAGCCUGGCGGAACAGGUCGUCAAGAUUGGCGCAUACCGCGCGCAGCUCUGGGCCUAUCUGCAGGCGCGCAUGGCAAACAUUGCGCCCAACCUCACCGCCCUCGUCGGCGAGCUCGUGGGCGCUCGUCUGAUCAGCCACGCCGGCAGCCUCAUGAACCUCGCCAAGCACCCUGCCUCCACGGUGCAGAUCCUCGGCGCCGAGAAGGCUCUCUUCCGCGCGCUCAAGACCAAGCACGACACGCCCAAGUACGGUCUCAUCUACCACUCGUCGCUGGUGGGCCAAGCGCCUCAGAAGCUCAAGGGCAAGAUGGCACGCAUGGUCGCCACCAAGGCCGCGCUCUCCAUCCGUCUCGAUGCACUGGCUGACGCCGAGGCCGAGCCGACGCCUUCCAUCGGGCUCGACUCUCGCGUCAAGCUCGAGGCGCGACUGCGCGGCCUCGAGACGCGCUCUGACGUGCAGGGUCUGCGUUCCGGCGCCGGAGCAGGCGCCAAGCAGAGCGCCUACUCUGCCGGCACUGCGCGUGGCUACAACGCCGCGGCAGACGCCCCCGCCACACCAGCCAAGAGCACCGUGCCGGAUGUGUCGGCCAUGGACGUCGACUCUCCUGCGCCCGCGGCAAAGGAGAUGAGCAAGGAGGAGAAGAAGGCGGCCAAGAAGGCACGCAAGAGCAUGGAGGCGGCGGCUGCGCCGGCAAGCGUGGCGUCGGCAUCCGUGCCGCCGGAGAGUGAGGCGGAGAGCAAGCUGAGCAAGGAGGAACGCAAGGCCCUCAAGAAGGCUGCCAAGGCCGCCGCUGCUGCAGCCAGCUCUGCACCGCCAACGCCGGCACCCGCCGCUGCCGCCGCUGCCGUGCCGGCAACGCCCGCGAGCGAGAAGAAGGAGAAGAAGGACAAGAAGAAGCGGUCCGCCGACGAGGCCAAUGGAGAGCAGGGCACGCCGAGCGAGAAGAAGAAGAAGAAGCGGCACUCGGAGGCAUGAGGGCGUGACGGCCUGUGCGCCGCCCUCGUUUCCCGCCUCGCAUCUAGAUCAUUCACCUGCUCCCCUCCCCUCGCUUCUCUGUGUCUCGUACGGUUGUCGCUUUAUUCAUCUGUCUCUCAUG